GAUCAUUAACAUAAAAUGUCAUAUCUCAUUUCAGCUCUUUCUGAUCUGGAGAUCCUGGCCCAAUCAAUCACAUUUAUUUUUGCUGGCUAUGACACAACAAGCACUGCUCUUUCCUUUAUUGCAUAUUUACUGGCAAUUCACCCCAAUGUUCAGAAGAAACUGCAGCAAGAGAUUGAUGCAGUCCUGCCCAAUAAGGUACCUGCCACUUAUGAAGCUCUGGUUGAGAUGGAAUAUCUAGACAUGGUGGUGAAUGAAACUAUGAGAUUAUAUCCAGUUAUUGGCAGGAUUAACAGACUCAGUAAGGAAGAUGCUGAAAUCAAUGGUGUGUUCAUUCCCAAAGGAACAGUGGUGGUCAUACCUAUCUUUGUUCUUCACCAAAAUCCAAAAUACUGGCCAGAUCCUGAGGAGUUCCAUCCUGAAAGGUUCAGCAAGGAGAAUAAAGAUAGAAUCAAUCCUUAUACAUACAUGCCUUUUGGAUAUGGUCCUAGACAAUGCAUUGGCAUGAGGUUUGCUCUCAUUAACCUGAAGCUUGCAAUUGUCAAAAUCCUGCAGAACUUUUCCCUGUAUCCUUGUGAAGAAACAGAGGUUCCUUGA